UAUAGAAACAUUAGUUUCAAACAUAAAUUUAUGACUGAAUAAAUGGCAUUGAUUAAAAUAAACUCGCCUCCACAAAACUCAAAUAGAUUUGAACAAAACAGAAAUGACAACGUUUUGAUCAUUAACCGUUGAGCAAUAUCCCCUUCCACUGUAUAAAUUACCAAACCAUUUCCAUCCCAACAUAUAUACCACUCUCCUAAUCAUAACUAGACAAUCAAAUUAGAAAAUUGACCACACAAGGUUCUAGCCAUGGCAAAGCUCAACAUCUUUAAUGUCGUUCUUGCAUUGUUGAUAGUUGUCGCACCAAUGGUUCUAGCUGAAGUGGGGCUGAGUCCUUCGGCUGAACCAGGGCUUUACAGCUAUGUCGAGCAAUGUGUAGCCGUAACAGGAGCGAGAUGUGGGGAGGAGAUUCUAUAUGGCUCCUUUAUGGGAAAGCCCGUUGCUCUUGAAUGCUGUCAAAAACUCUUGCUGAUGGGGAAGGCAUGUGAUGAUGCAUUGAUGAGGGUUGUAAUUCUCGAAUUUCCAGAAUACAAUGGACACGAAGAAGAAGCUCUGGCAGGGAGCAAUAAACUCUGGGAAGAGUGUACUCUAGCCGUGCAAGCUGCCUCAUCUUCCCCUUCUAACUAAUACAAUACACACACACACGUAUAGGCUUGAAGGGUUAGGUAUUUCAUUUAUGUGCUUCAAAUCCAAUUCAACUUGAAGAAUUACAACAUGGUACAAAGGAAAAUGAACACAUCACUACUGCCCAGUUAGAACGCCUGUCUUUUUUUUUCUCCUCUCUUUUUGCAAAACAGAUGAUGUUACUGGCUUG